UGAGGGAGGCGUAGUGAUACUGAGACUAGCUUGCCUAUGACAAUAAAAAUCACCCAAACCAUGUAGUGUAGCUCUCUCCAAAGAGGGGGGAGGGUCUGUGUUUGAGUCUGGUUUAUUUUUUGAUUUACUUCUGUUUUCUGUAGAACAGAUUUGUGUUCACUUAUUUAAAGAGUGUGUGUGGGUGUAGCGUGCAAGGUGAGGAGAAAGUGACAGAGAGAAAGAGAGAUAGAGAAAGAAGGAAAGAGAUGGUCCUCCACACCACCCCUUACUCCAGUGCCUGUCUGCACUUCCUGGAUGGCUUGUCAUGGAGCCUGGUGUUCCCCUGCUAUUGGCUCCUGGACCGCCUCCUGGCCUCCUGCGUGGCCACCUCACUGGAAAAGCACCAACGCUCCCAGGACCCCUGCUCCUUCCUCACCCUGUGUGUCCUGAUCUCCGCACCCCUGUACCUACUCCUCCUCCUCGCCUCCUUGCCCUUUGCACUGCUGGGCUUCAUCAUCUGGGCUCCCCUGCAGGUGGUCCGCCAGCCCUACCUGUACACAUACCGCAGACCAGAUAAACACCAGGUGGAGCAGGGCCAGGCUGGGCCCGGGACUGCUGGCAUUUGGGAAUGGAAGCCACAGGGCAGAAGCUUCUGCUUCUGCAGUGCCAACGUAUGCCUGCUGCCCGAUUCCCUGGCCAGGUUCAACAACCUUUCAGACACACACAGGAGAGCCCGGGAGGUGGGGAAGAGGAUCCGCAAUGGUGCCAGUCGGCCUCAGAUUAAAAUCUACAUCGACUCGCCGACCAACACCUCCAUUAGCGCGGCAUCCUUUAGCAGUCUUGCCACAGGUUUUCGCCGUACCUCCUCUCUGGACCAGCGGCCAGACCAGACACACACCACCAACAGCCCAGCCGACGCUGAAACCGAACCCCUCACCGAGUGCCCAAUACACCCCUCAGGUGCCACUGACUGCCCUGUUCACCCCUCUGCAGGAGACCAGAGCCCCUCUGACUGCCCCCUCCACCCAGAUGGAGGAGACGCGACAGCAGACUGCCCCCUCCACCCUGCAGGGAUGAACAGCAGCUCAGACUGUCCUGUCCACACCUCAGGAGAGGCUCCAGACUGCCCCAUGCAUUCCACAGGGCCUAAAAAUGGCCAAGGCCAACAUGACUGUCCCAUGCAUGGGGAAGGGACCCAGACAAAACCAUCCCCUGACUGCCCACUUCACACCUCAGGGGUGCAAAUCAGCAUCAGCGCCCCAGAGCCGGACCCACAGGACAAGGAGGCUGAAACAGGGAACCAUCGGCCUGGGGAGCAAGCAGGGGGAGAUACAGGAAGCAUGACCGCCUCCAGGGAAUCCCUCGCUCGGUACCAUGGUGCUGAAAGUGGCAUGGGAAUAUCUUCCAACAAUACUCUCUCUCACGUCCCUCGCACAUCAAUCUUUAAACGCCCUGGACGAAAACGCCGCCACGGAGAUGAGACAUUUGAUCAUGAGAUCUCUGCCUUUUUUCCUGCCAACUUAGAUUUCCUGGCUCUGCAGGAGGUGUUCGACCACGGAUCGACCACUAGACUGCUUCGGCAGUUGCAUCGCUACUUUCCCCAUGUGUUGAGUGAUGUUGGCCAGUACGGCUGGAGAGGCUGCUGCUCAAGAUUCAAAUUCCUAAAUAGUGGGCUCAUGCUAGCCAGUCGCUACCCUAUCUUGGAUGCUCGCUUUGAAUGCUACCCCAACGGGAAGGGCGAGGAUGCACUGGCAGCCAAGGGGGCGCUGUUUGCCAAGGUCCAUGUGGGCACCUCCCAUCAGGAGCAAAGGGUUGUGGGAUAUAUCACGUGUACCCACCUCCACGCCAUAGAAGGAGAUGCCUCUGUACGUUGUGAGCAGCUGGACCUGUUGCUCCAGUGGGGCGCUGAGUUCCGCCAAUCCUCGUCCCAACCAGUUGAAGGAGAGAAGGAGGACCUGGUGGCCUUCGAUGUCAUCCUGGGAGACCUCAACUUUGAUAACUGCUCCUCAGAGGACAAGCUGGAGCAGCAGCAUGCACUUUUUACUCAAUACAAGGACCCGUGUCGCCUGGGGCCAGGGGAGGACAAACCAUGGGCUCUAGGUACUUUACUGGAUCCCAGUGGCCUUUAUGACGAUGAGGUCAGUUCACCUGAAAGUUUACAAAAAGUGAUGGAGAAUGAGGAGGGGAGAAAGGAGUACCUGGUGUUUCCUCCCAGUAAGAGCCAAUGUCCCGCCAGCAGUCAGAGGGGGAGGAAGAUCCCACUGAAGGGUAAUGGACGCCGGAUUGACUACAUGCUCUACAGCGACGAGGGCCUGCAGCCAGACUGGAAACUGGAAAUCGAGGAGUUCAGCUUUGUCACCCAGUUGGCCGGUCUCACCGACCACCUGUCUGUGGCCAUGCGGCUCGCCGUGUCAACUGGGGAGGAGGAGCCUUAG